AUGAAGACCGACACAUUAGACUUUGAGAUUAUUGAGUACGACGAAGUGGAAACGACAACAAUGGAACCAACACCUAUACCUUAUCCUCAGGCUUCACCACCACCAUUAACAUCACCACCACUACAACAACAACAUCAACAACAAGUUGUUCCAUCAGAUACCAUAUACGCCAUGGAAUUCCCUCAUUCACUAAUAACCCCACACAUAAAACGCUACCAGUUUGAACCUCACGUAUAUGGAGACUACAAACUCAUAUUCCAAAGCAGCUUAAACUAUAUCAUCCACAAUAGCAUCAACUGCACUUUCUACGAAAAAGAAAAAUUGCAAACAUUGGACGUGCAACUCUUGUUUAGCAAUUUGACAAAAGAGGCAUGGACAAACUUUUGUCAAGAUAUCAAAACACACUUGGAAAAAAAGGGAAUCACACUCCCCUUCUUUACUGAAAAACAAAGGCAAGAUGUUUUUCAAAAAGAAUGGAGAAUGGCAAAUAAAUUACGAUUAUGUGUUUGA